AUGCAACACCCUUUUUUCCUUCUUAUAUUAAAAGCAGGAAUGCUCAAGAAUAAAAAUUUGUAUAAUUAUAAUAUGGUCUACCCUGCAGAUCAAGGGGCGUCUAUCCAAUACUUCAGCAAUCGAACUCCGGAAAAGUUUUGGACUCAGAUUGGUGGGAAGUUCCUCCAAGACUUUGAAUACACCAAAUCACGAAUCAAUUACUUUCUUAAUCCAUCCGGACACUACAUCAUGAAAGACAGUCAAGAUUUUCUUGACAGCUACGGUGCUUUUACUCGCGAACUCGAAAGUGAGGACGAAAGGAUAGAAAUCAAAUCCAUUACGAUCAAUAGGCAAGCGGCUUGUGUUGAGGAAUUAAGGCACGCGGGUAGGGGCAGAGCUGUAAGCAUUAGCAGCAUCCUGGAUGGACGUCUUGCACAGUGCAAAAUCAAUCUCAUGAUAGAGCUUAUUCACUCCGGACAGAUCAGGAUUCGGAAGUCGGAAAGCGAUUGUACAUAUGACCCACAGAUCCCGUGCAUUAUAGCAGACAAAACUGUCCCAAUACUUACCAUUGCGGAUGAUUUUCGGAUCCUUGCGUCGGCGAGAAGUCAGGGUAAGAAAGCUUACCUUAUUACUGUUGCUGGCACCCUCAAGGUUAUUUUGCAACAGUCAGAAAAACAACACAUUAUAAUUCCGAGGCUCGGGGAUCAACAGAGUAACGCUAUUUAUGAAUUUUUAGUCAUGCUUUCGAAACAUCGAGUUCCUUCUGAUCCUGUAUUGCAACAGUCAGACGUUGUAGAUUUAUAUACCAGUGCGACGAGCGAUGCAGCUCUCUUGUACCGUUAUUUCAUUGAUGGCGUAAAUUAUUAG